UUGGAAGGGAAAAAGCCAGCUGACAGGCUACAGGCAGAAACAAAAUGGUAAUCAUAAUUGAUAAGAGAAGCAAAGACCCAGGAAUGAGUGAGAUGGUGGUUUUUCCCGCUGGGAUUGUUUUUCUUAAAAGAUUCUUGGACCUGCCUUUUGCUCAGCCUGGGAAGGCACCCCUAGCAGCUGGGGUCUCCAGGCCGGGAUAUAGCUCCUUGUGCAGUCACAGGUACAUCCCUCGGAGAGCAGUGCUGUAUGUACCUGGCAACGAUGAAAAGAAAAUAAAGAAGAUUCCAUCCCUAAAAGUAGACUGUGCAGUGCUGGACUGUGAAGACGGUGUGGCUGCGAACCAAAAGAAUGAAGCUCGAGUGAGAAUAGUGAAAACUCUUGAAGACUUUGACCUGGGCCCAACUGAAAAGUGUGUGCGGGUCAACUCCGUGUCCAGCGGUCUGGCUGAGGCUGACCUAGAAACCAUCUUGCAGUCCAGAGUGCUGCCCUCCAGCCUGAUGUUACCAAAGGUGGAAAGGCCCGAGGACAUCCAGUGGUUUUCAGACAGAUUUUCAUUUCACUUAAAAGGCCGAAAACUUGAACAACCAAUGAAUUUAAUCCCCUUUGUGGAAACUGCAAUGGGUUUACUCAAUUUUAAGGCCGUAUGUGAAGAAACUCUCAAACUCGGGCCUCCAGUGGGUCUUUUUUUAGAUGCGGUCGUUUUUGGAGGAGAAGAUUUUCGAGCCAGCAUAGGUGCAACAAGUAGCAAAGACACCCAGGACAUCCUCUAUGCCCGGCAGAAGAUUGUCGUCACAGCAAAGGCCUUUGGCCUACAAGCCAUAGAUCUGGUGUACAUUGACUUCCAGGACAGAGAUGGGCUUCUCAGACAGUCAAGAGAAGCAGCUGCCAUGGGCUUCACUGGUAAGCAGGUGAUCCACCCCAACCAGGUAGCUGUGGUGCAAGAGCAGUUUACCCCCACCCCAGAAAAAAUUCAGUGGGCUGAAGAGCUGAUUGCCGCCUUCCAGGAGCAUCAGCGGUUAGGAAAGGGAGCCUUUACUUUCCAAGGAAGUAUGAUCGACAUGCCAUUACUGAAGCAGGCCCAGAACAUUGUUACGCUUGCCACAUCCAUCAAGGAAAAAUGAUCUGUUAAAUGGAGCUCUCCUCAGGCGGGCUGAAUGUAUACAGUGAGUUUCUUAAAGACAAACCACAAUACUCAAGGCAACUCGUUAGCAUGCCAAAUCAGGACCUCAUUCCAUUAACGGUUCCCUUUUAAUCAUGAUUCCCCCCCCCUUUAUUGUCUUACUGACCAGCUAUUCUUCUAAAAAUAAACUUUCUUCCUUUGAGGUUCAA